UUUGAAAAUAACGUGAAAUGUUGACCAUUAUACAUGUAUUUAUAAACGAAUUUAUAUUGUGUAUUUGAAUGGAUUUUUCAUGUAUGUAUACUUCUCGAAUUCGACAGAAUGAGAUAGAUGUGUAGAAUAAAAUGAUAUAUCGGUUGCAAUUAAAUGGAUUUAUUAACAUUAAUAAGUCAUUAAAAAUUUUCACGUUACUUCACCAUGAUUGAUCCUCGGACAAAUGACCUUUACUGCGUUAGUUCCAUUAAAUGUGAAGAUUGCAGUUAUCACAAGGUUAACACGGGUUUAUCACAUGUACACGUUGAUAAAUUGUAAAAUUCAACAUGUAUUCUGAUUAUCACGAAAUUGCAACUGCUCUAGUGUGACGCGGGUUUAAUUGCUCGGAUAUUAUUUGUUAUAUAUUAAUUUUUAUCCAUUUCUUAAAUAAAAAAUGUGAAGAUGCAAAAGUAUUUCAGAUCGAAGCAAUAAUUAAGAUGUACAUAUAAUAUAGAUCGACACUUCAGGAGAGUCGUUUAUCAUUUGUGAUACAAUAAUUCAAAAUCGAAUUUAAAAUAUGGUGGCUACUGCUAAACUAGCUUCAACUUUCAUUUUGUUUGGUCUUUCUGUACUAAGUGGAGUUAUUUCCUGCAUUACGGUAAAAUGUUUGGUGCUGAAACUUGGAACUUCAACAAAAUUCACUGGUGCAAUGAGUCUCCUGAAUUGCUUUUCCGGUGGCGUUUUCUUCGCUACUUCCGUUUUAAGUUUACUUCCGGAAGCGCGCGAAAGCAUGGAACAUGCAUUGGAAGGUCUUGAGUUUAGUUCAGAGUAUCCUUUCACCGAACUGGCAAUGUGUAUUGGAUUUUUCAUGAUUCUAAUGCUUGAGCAUAUUGCUCACAAGUGUUGCUCUUCUAAUACGACAACUCGCCCAAUUCGUCCAGAAAAUGACCCCAGAUCAAAAGAACGAAAUUCCAUGUCAGAAUCAGCCGGUGCAGAUGUGGCAGUAAGUUACAAGAUAGUGAGCGGGAAAAGAUAUAAAGGGGUGUACACAAAAGACCCUAUACAAGUAGCAAGUGAUUUAGAAGAUUCUUCGUACCAUGACGGCAUGACAUAUCAAACGUAUGGCGCGGUGGGCGAAUCGGUCGACAGCCCGACAAAAAGACCUUAUUCAGAAGUUAGAAAUGACUCUUCAAAUUCUAAAACCAAAGAAAUUGUGUUCCAAGACAGUGAUAGAAUUCUAAUGAGAAAUGCAAAAGUUGCAAAAGAAGUUAAAAUCAAAUCAACAAAUGAAGCCCUUACAGAAGUCAGAGAUUCCGCAGACGAUAAUCGUGAUCCUACAAGGUCAAGGUUACGAGGUCUUGUGCUAUUAAUAGCAUUAUCUUUACACAUGAUUUUUGACGGUCUCGCGCUUGGGCUUCUAAAAGAUGAUUCAAAAGUUUACGAGCUUCUAGCAGCCCUGUGUUUACACAAAGUUCUUGUAUUCUUCACAAUCGGGAUUCAAACUUUAGAGCUACUUGCCUCCGUCAAGAAAACCAUUUGUGUCAUUGUAGUUUUCGCUUUAAUGAGUCCAUGUGGUGUUAUAGUAGGUGAAAGUAUUAAUCUUUCUGGAGAAUCAGAUGCAAAAGAUUUAUCGUCUGCCAUAUUGCAGGGUAUUGCAACCGGUACUUUCCUUUUUGUCACGUUCUUCGAGAUUUUGCAACGUGAGUUGGGAUCCGGUGACCAUGACAUUUUUAAAGUGUUCACGACUAUUUUCGGAUUUGCGCUUAUUGCUUGUACACGGUUGCUUGAACACGAAGAAUAAUACGAAUUAAUUUGUAGAAAGUUUAAAUGAACCAGUUAGCUUAUUUUGUUUUAGUCCAAUUUCAGAGCAAAAAUAAUAAUGUAUCCUUAAUAUAUGUAUGUAAUUUGUAUGUAUGCUAGUGUGCAUAUUUUGUUAAUCAAAACCUUAUAUAGUUACUUUAAAAUUGUAAAAGAGGAAGCUUUGAAUUUUUGUUGUAAUAUAUUUAUUUAUCAGUGCUCAAAGAAACCUCCGAUUGUGAGAAUGACAUUUCUCUCUCAUUUGUGAAGCUAGCAUUUUGGAAUUUUUCAAAUUCUGAUGGGGCCUUCAUUUUCAGUUACAGCUGGUUGAGGGUAACAGAACAUACGUGACUAUUUUUGUAUAAAGUGCUAGUGUUACAUAAAUACCUUAUUUUUAUAAAAUGAGCCGCGUCACGACAAAACGAACGUAAUGCGUUUGCAUCCAGCAUGGAUCGAGACCAGCCUGCGCAUCCGCGCAGUCUGAUCAGGAUCCAUGCUGUUCGCUACCACUUCUCUACUUGUUAUAGGUUUUGUAAGCGAGCAGCAUGGCUCCUGAUCAGACUGCGCGGAUGCGCCGGCUGGUCUGGAUCCAUGCUGCUCGCAAACCCAUUAUGUUGGUUUUGUCAUGGCGCAGCUCAAAUAUAUUUUGUUAAAACAGUUAAAAUGUAACUUUGCCUAAUUUUUCAUAUAUAUUCGUCAUACAUUUUGUAAUUCUUCUUGUAUAAUGUGUAAGAUACUGUACAUGUAAUAAAAUUGAAAAUCUUUGUCGCUUUAAAGCUACAAGAUUAUGU